GCCUUAAGCUAACCCAGCAGCAACACAGAGCACUCACAGUCACAGUUACAGAUAGUAAGAGGGAGAGAGAUCAGAGCGAUGGCGACGGUUGCUGCUGCCUCGUUGAGCUUCCCGGUGAUCAACAUGGAGAAGCUGGAGACGGAGCAGAGGGGCGCGGCCAUGGAGGUCAUCCGCGACGCCUGCGAGAACUGGGGCUUCUUCGAGCUGCUGAACCAUGGCAUCUCGCACGAGCUGUUGGACGAGGUAGAACGGGUGAGCAAGGCGCACUACAGGAACAUCAGGGAGGAAAAGUUCAAGGAGUUCGCGGCGAGGACGCUGGAGGCCGGCGAGAAGGGCGCCGACGUGAAGGACGUGGACUGGGAGAGCACCUUCUUCGUCCGCCACCUCCCCGCCUCCAACCUCGCCGACCUGCCCGACCUCGACGGCCACUACAGGCAAGUGAUGAAGGAAUUCGCGUCGGAGAUCGAGAAGCUGGCGGAGCGCGUCCUGGACCUGAUGUGCGAGAACCUGGGCCUGGAGAAGGGCUACCUUAAACAAGCAUUCGCGGGCUCCCAGGGCGCGCCGACGUUCGGCACCAAGGUGAGCAGCUACCCGCCGUGCCCGCGGCCAGACCUCGUCAACGGCCUCCGCGCGCACACCGACGCCGGCGGCGUGAUCCUGCUCUUCCAGGACGACCAGGUGAGCGGCCUCCAGCUGCUGAAAGACAGCGCCUGGGUGGACGUGCCGCCCAUGCGCCACGCCAUCGUCAUCAACAUCGGCGACCAGCUGGAGGUGAUCACCAACGGGCGGUACAAGAGCGUGAUGCACCGCGUGCUCACCCGCCCCGACGGCAACCGCAUGUCCAUUGCGUCCUUCUACAACCCCGGAGCCGACGCCGUCAUUUUCCCGGCGCCGGCGCUCGUCGGCGAUGGCGCCACCGAGGAGAACGAGGGCGGCGAGGAGGGCAGCGGGGCCGUGUACCCGCGGUUCGUGUUCGAGGACUACAUGAACCUCUACGUUCAACACAAGUUCGAGGCCAAGGAGCCACGCUUCGAGGCCAUGAAGUCGGCCGCCGCGCCCAUCGCCACCGCCUGAUCGGUGACCGGCCGGUGUACCAGGAUCCAGAUAAAAGUAUUUUUCAGAUGGGUGUGGUGUGUACCGUAGAUAUGCUGUGUCUAUGCAAUGUUUUCGCUCGUUGGCAUCACCCUAUGCAUGUGCGUGCAGGGGUGCUGGCGUGUGUUACCGUGUGAGGUGAAGCAAUGUAGUAACAGUGUGUAAGCAUGGCAACUACGGCUGUGCAUGUUCCUAAAUACUGAGCCGCUCGAGAUUAACUCAACGAGACCGACUAGAAAAUAAAUGAUCCAUCAGUUUGUUCCUAAA